UGGGGAGGCGGCACCGCUUUGUCUGGGGCCGCGGGCGAGACGCGCUGCUGCAGCGAGAAUACUGUGGGGAAAAUGUGCACCACUCAGGAAGAUAUUGGAUAUGAUUUUGAAGAUGAAUCAAAAGAUAAGAAGACACUUAAACCUAAUCCAAACAUUGAUGGUGGAUGGGCUUGGAUGAUUGUCCUUUCUUCUUUCCUUGCACAUAUACUCAUCAUGGGGUCCCAAAUGGCCCUCGGAAUACUUAACAUGGAAUGGCUUGAAGAAUUCAGUCAAAGUCGAGGCUUGACUGCAUGGAUUAGCUCCCUCAGCAUGGGUAUUACAUUGAUCGUAGGUCCUUUCAUUGGUUUAUUCAUUAACACAUGUGGGUGCCGCAAGACAGCAAUUACUGGUGGGAUCUUGAAUGCCCUAGGCUGGGUGUUGAGUGCCUAUGCCUCAAAUGUAUAUUACCUCUUUCUUACAUUUGGACUGACAGCUGGUGUUGGGAGUGGCAUGGUUUAUCUGCCUGCAGUGGUCAUGGUAGGACAGUAUUUUCAGAAGAGAAGAGCCCUAGCUCAAGGACUUAGUACCACUGGAACAGGAUUUGGAACAUUCCUAAUGACUGUUUUACUGAAGUAUCUGUGCAAGGAAUAUGGGUGGAGGAACGCAAUGUUCAUCCAGGGUGCUGUCUCUCUGAACCUGUGUGUCUGCGGAGCACUCAUGAGGCCACUUUCUUCCAAGAAGGAUGCCAAUGAAAAGGGUAUUGAGAGAAACAAUAGUGAGGAUUAUCAUGCAAAAGCUCUGUUCCACUCUGCAAAGCCUAUAGAAUCUAAUGGGGUGUUACAUGAAGAGGAAGAAAAAAAAGAAGCACCAGCUAAUGAUGAAGUGCUUGAUAAUGCUCAGACUGUGGAGAGCAAAGGUAAAACCAGACGUGGAAUGAAUUUGUAUGGUCUUUGCAUUCUUAAGAGAGUGAGCCAGCUGACUGUUACAAUCAAGAGGGGGUUUGGAACAUGGUACUCCAGUUACUUUGGGGCUGCAUCACUUUUUACCAAUAGAGUAUUUGUGGCCUUUGUGUUUUGGGCAUUAUUUGCAUACAGCAGCUUUGUAAUUCCUUUUAUUCAUCUUCCAGAAAUUGUCAAACAGUAUAAUUUAUCCACACAGAAUGAUGUAUUUCCUUUGACCUCAAUUAUUGCCAUUGUUCAUAUAUUUGGUAAGGUGAUCCUUGGAAUCAUCUCUGAUCUACCCUGCGUCAGCACUUGGAAUGUCUUCCUGACAGCUAACUUCAGUCUCGUCAUCUGCAUUUUUAUUUUGCCCUUAAUGCAUACGUAUAUUAGCCUGGCGAUGGUUUGUGCCCUAAUAGGCUUUUCCAGUGGGUAUUUUUCUCUAAUGCCUGUUGUCACUGAAGAUUUAGUGGGGAUUACGCACCUUGCAAAUGCUUAUGGCAUCAUCAUUUGUGCCAAUGGGAUAUCUGCACUGCUAGGACCACCAUUUGCAGGCUGGAUCUACGACAUCACACAAAAAUAUGAUUUUUCGUUUUACAUAUGUGGUUUGCUUUACAUGGUAGGAAUAAUCUUUUUACUCAUCCAACCUUGUAUUCAAAAGAAACAAUCAAGAGACAAACCCACUGAAAACACAAAAGUAUAGUGCAAUUUAUAGAAUGUUUUGAAAAGAAUGUAUUGAGUUUGUGUCUAUAGUAUAAAAUUGCUAUUCUUAAGACCAACCACUUUGAAGAGCAUCACAGUGAAUGAGCUGCAAAGUGCUGAUAUUAAAUAAUCAAUGGAAAUGUGCUUGUAAAAGGAAGUUUACUGUCACACUUACAAUUCUUGUCUUUAGAAUGACCUCUUUAAUAAAUACAGACUUUGAGAGCUCUUCAAAUGUAAUAUCACUAUUUUUAGAUUUGGACAGUGGUUGAAAAAUUCACUCUGAAUCAUAACUAAUGCACACCAGUUUUACACUGAUGAAAUUGUAUUGACUGCAAUGCAGUUGCUGCUGAUUUACACUGGUGUGAAAGGAGUAUCAGGCCUCACACGAAUCCUUUUUUUUUAUUUUAUAUUCCAUCUGAUCAGAAAUUUGUUGAUAAGCACAAAAAAAGGCUACAUUUCUUAUCCGGUUUACUACUAAUAAAUCAAAGAUUACACUAUUUAAUAUAUUUAAAAGAAGAAUGUUUCUGUGAUGUAAAAUUGAAGAUUUCUUAUAUUUUUUUGAAAGCACUCUCCAUCCAAGGAACGAUUUUUGAUGUUUUGAUUGCAGAAGAAAUUAUCCAUUCUUAACUCAUAAGAGAAAUGAUAAAUGAGGUAUUUUAAUCUGGUACCAACAGCACUGAAGUAAAACAAAUAAAACAAGAAAAAAAUGGGAAAUAUUAAUGGGAAUUGACAACAGAAAGGAUUAGCAGCAAAACUAGAUGAUCUUUUGCAAGAGUCUAUUAGAAAAGUUAUGCAUUCUGGUAGAGUUUAUGGACCUCCCAAUUCUGAUCUUAAUACAGCCAGAGUCAACUUCGGUAGUUACUUCUGAUUUACAGUGGUGCAUCUGAGAAAGGAAUCUGGCUCUGCCUAUCAUUCUAACUUUGUUUGCUUCAGUUUUAUACCUGAAACUACUUUGGGCCUGACCCAAAAUAAGUUGUUAUAGGCCCACUGAACCAGAUUUCCAUCAACUAAUUGUAAGAGCCAUAAACAUCAAUAGAGUUAAACCUGAUCAAUGAGAGAUCAAAAUCAGGUCCUUUGUGUUUAGAACAAAUCUCUGGAAGACUGAACUUGGCCCUCCUUUGGUUGCAUUUAAUUACCAUAGAGAAAGAAUUUAUCCAUGUGCAGAAAAAAACCCUUAAAUAACUUCCUCUGGAUCAUUUAUUGUAAGUGAUGUCUGAAAUCUAAGAUAGUUACUAAUAUUCUGUUGUGGCAUGUCCAGUCUCCUAAAUCUGGUGCUUUGCAGGAGAAACAUCUUACCAAGAGUUUCCCAAACUGGAGGAUGCUUCCAGAAAAAGUUUUAAGAUUCUGGCUACCUGUCUUGUUCACACAGUUUAUAACUGUAUAUUUUAAUGGCAAUAUUUCCUCAAUAAUUAAUUGCUUAACUUAAAUAACCAGUUUCUCAGGGAUAGAACUUGAGAACAUUGAGUGAAACUGGCCAAAAGUAUGUACUGAGUUUUAGAAACAUGACAGACAGCAUAUGAUAUUUGAUUGAAAUGUAUUUCAACACAAAACUUAUUAUGACUAAUUGUGUCGUGAUACAAGAGCACAAUAUUCAUUGUGUAAAACUGAUCACAUGUUUUCACUGCUGUUUACUUGCUGUAAAAUUAGUUGUGUAAUGCAAAGCAUGGAAAAGAUAAGCAUUUUAACUAUUUAAGUGCUUGCCUUUUUUUGUUUUGGAUUUUUUUGGACAAUAUUAAAUAAACUGAUCAACAAUACAGAAUGUUGAUACAAGAAAUAUUUUCCAUGCUUUGGGAGGCACAACUUGUGAUGUAGUGGCUAUAUUAACUACAAAGUGUCAUUUAUUUUUCUGGGGUUAAGCUUUAUAAAGGUUAUUUUUUACCAUAAAUGAGGUGUCUGCUUUAAUAUUGAUGUAUGCUGCUGGAAUCUACUGAAAACAAUUUAUGGUAUCCAAAUAAACAGAACAAAUGAAAUGAGGGAAGUUAUGAGACCAACAUCAAUCCUUAAGUACAGGUUUAAUGUCUUCUUUAGUGUGAAUGCUGCUGGUGGCUUAUUUUAAUCAGUGAUUUAUUUUAUUGGCUGACUGUAUAUCUGGAAAUGGUGAUCUUCCAUCGAUUUCCUUCUUUUUUUAAGAUAUGUGUCUUUUUAUACUUUAUACUUCACUUUUCCAUUUUGUCCAAAUUGUUUUUAUUUCCAUAUUACCAUAAUGAAUAAAAUGUUGUUCUUUUAAGAUAUCUGCAUGUGUCUUUCUAUACAGCUUUUUUCUUUUUGGUAUAACUC